GGUCGAGCAACAGGGGAAACACAGACUUUGAAGGAUGCUGGGGGCGUUCGACUGGUUCUUACCGAAGCGAUGGGACAAGAGGUCGAAACUGAGGUCCCUAGGGCAGCAGAGGCCGGCUUAUAUACAUGGGGAGAUAAGGGCAGGCUGUGCGCGUUGGUCCGUGCGCAGCUGGUCCGUGCGCAGCAUGCCGACGCGGCCCCGGGGGCCGUAGAUAACGACGUGUCCAUAUCAGGUAUGUAG